ACGUCUCUCUGUCCCCUCUGUCUGUGCCGCUCGUGAAGUGAAUUUAUCGCGUUUCUUUGUUUUCAUCACAAUAUGGCCGUCAACGUGCACUUUACCGGAGUAACAAUGGAGAAUCUGUCCCGUAUCGAGCUGCUAGCAUGGGUUAACCGAACGCUGAUGUCGGAGUUUAAAAAGGUCGAAGAACUUUGCACCGGCGCAGCGUACUGCCAGCUGAUGGACGUCCUGUUCCCGGGCUGUUUGCCCCUGAAGCGCGUCAAGUUUUGCACGAACGUUCAGCACGACUUUCUCAACAACCUGCGCAUAUUCCAGAACGGGCUGGUGAGUCUGAAGGUCGAAAAGUCGGUACCGAUCGAGCGGCUGGCGAAGGGCCGCUUCCAGGACAACUUUGAGUUUUUGCAGUGGUUCAAAAAGUUCUUCGACGCCAACUACGAUGGCAAGGAGUACGAUGCGCCGCUCGUCCGAAACCAUGUUCCGAUGGGCUACGGAGCCCCAAGUGUCCUGCGCCCGAGUCAGCGGCCAAAUGUGAAAGUGCCACCGGUAGCCUUAACCACCGGCAAAGAGAGAAUCAAAUCGACAGACUCGGCCACGGGCAUCGGAAAAAGAGAGAAAGACGAUUCGAAGGCGGACGGUGCUAUUAUCGACGAGCUAUCGAAGGAGAUCGGCGAUUUGGCGAUAAAAAUGCAGGAUGCUGAAAUGGCCAGGGAUUACUACUACCAAAAGCUCAUGCUAGUGGAGAGCUGGAUCAAGGAACACCAAGACGAGGCAAAUGAAGAGUUUUGUGGGAAGGUGUGGAACAUAUUGACGGAAGGCUCGGAUUAGCCACUGGACUCCAGAUGCAAUUGUUCGUCGUUCGUAUGUUGAGUAUGUUGAUGUGGAUGUCUUUUUAGCACCCAGCCAGCCAGCACAGCGCCCGGGGCCUGCAGGAUUUGCAAAUAAAUUUUAAUC